CUGGGAGAGGAAUGGACCAUGUUCUCAUGAAGUUAAUACCUGUGAUCCAGGAAUGCUAUAGAGGAUAGAAAGAGAUUUCCAGAAUUCAGCAAAGAUGAAUAUGGUCAAGAGAAUCAUGGGCCGGCCACGGCAGGAGGAGUGUAGCCCUCAGGAUAAUGCUCUAGGGUUGAUGCACCUGCGCCGACUCUUCACAGAACUUUGUCAUCCUCCUCGGCACAUGACCCAGAAAGAACAGGAAGAAAAACUUUACAUGAUGCUGCCAGUGUUUAACAGGGUGUUUGGAAAUGCUCCUCCAAGUACAAUGACAGAAAAAUUCUCGGACCUCCUGCAGUUUACUACACAAGUGUCACGAUUGAUGGUGACUGAAAUUCGACGGAGAGCAUCAAAUAAGUCCACAGAGGCUGCAAGUCGUGCCAUAGUCCAGUUCCUGGAGAUCAAUCAAAGUGAAGAAGCCAGUAGAGGUUGGAUGCUGCUCACUACAAUUAAUUUACUAGCUUCAUCCGGACAGAAAACAGUGGACUGCAUGACGACGAUGUCGGUGCCUUCCACGCUUGUUAAAUGUCUAUAUCUGUUUUUUGACCUUCCACAUGUGCCUGAGGUAGUUGGAGGAGCGCAGAAUGAGCUACCUCUAGCAGAGCGCCGAACGUUACUACAGAAAGUCUUUGUACAGAUCCUAGUAAAAUUGUGCAGUUUUGUGUCGCCGGCAGAAGAACUGGCUCAGAAGGAUGAUCUCCAGCUUUUAUUUAGUGCAAUAACCUCAUGGUGCCCUCCCUAUAAUCUGCCUUGGAGGAAGAGUGCAGGGGAAGUACUAAUGACCAUAUCGCGUCAUGGCCUUAGUGUCAAUGUAGUGAAAUACAUUCAUGAAAAAGAAUGUUUGUCCACCUGUGUUCAGAACAUGCAGCAAUCUGAUGACCUUUCUCCCCUAGAAAUAGUUGAGAUGUUUGCUGGGCUUUCUUGCUUUCUCAAAGAUUCCAGUGAUGUAUCACAAACACUGUUGGAUGAUUUUAGGAUAUGGCAAGGAUAUAACUUCCUCUGUGAUCUCUUGCUCAGAUUAGAACAGGCAAAAGAAGCGGAAUCCAAGGAUGCUUUGAAGGAUUUGGUUAAUCUGAUAACUUCACUGACAACAUAUGGUGUCAAUGAAUUAAAACCAGCUGGUAUUACCACCGGGGCACCUUUUCUGUUGCCUGGAUUUGCAGUCCCACAACCUGCAGGCAAAGGUCAUAGUGUGAGGAAUAUACAAGCUUUCUCCGUCCUUCAAAAUGCAUUUUUGAAAGCAAAAACUAACUAUCUUGCACAAAUUAUUCUGGAUGCCAUUACAAAUAUUUACAUAGCGGAUAAUGCCAACUACUUCAUCUUGGAAUCACAGCACACCUUGUCCCAGUUUGCAGAGAAAAUUUCCAAGCUUCCAGAAGUGCAGACCAAAUACUUUGAGAUGCUGGAGUUUGUUGUCUUUAGCUUGAAUUAUAUUCCUUGUAAAGAACUGAUUAGUGUCAGCAUCCUCUUAAAGUCCAGCACGUCUUACCAGUGUAGCAUCAUUGCAAUGAAAACACUUCUUAAGUUCACCCGUCAUGACUACAUCUUUAAGGAUGUCUUCAGGGAGGUGGGGCUUCUGGAGGUGAUGGUAAACCUUUUGCACAAAUAUGCAGCCCUUUUGAAAGAUCCCACUCAGGCUCUGAAUGAUCAAGGGGAUUCAAGAAACCUCAGUUCUUUUGAGGACCAAAAGCAGCUAGCUUUAUUGGUUAUGGAGACCUUGACAGUACUACUUCAAGGAUCAAACACAAAUGCAGGUAUUUUCAGGGAGUUUGGUGGUGCAAGGUGUGUACACAAUAUAGUGAAGUAUCCACAGUGCCGACAGCAUGCACUGAUGAUUAUCCAGCAAUUGGUGUUAUCACCUAGUGGGGAUGAUGAUAUGGGCACUUUAUUAGGGCUGAUGCACUCAGCUCCACCUACAGAACUACAACUGAAGACAGAUAUAUUACGGGCCCUGCUCUCAGUACUAAGAGAGAGUCAUCGCACAAGAACUGUUUUUAGAAAAGUUGGUGGAUUUGUGUAUGUCACAUCUUUACUUGUUGCUAUGGAAAGAUCCUUGUGCUCUCCACCUAAGAAUGGCUGGGAGAAAGUAAACCAGAAUCAAGUGUUUGAACUGCUUCACACUGUGUUCUGCACAUUGACUGCAGCAAUGCGCUAUGAGCCAGCCAACUCGCAUUUCUUCAAAACAGAGAUCCAGUAUGAAAAGCUGGCAGAUGCUGUUCGAUUGCUUGGCUGCUUCUCAGACUCAAGAAAAAUAAGCCCCUUGAAUGUCUUCCCCUCAAAUACACAACCAUUUCAAAGACUACUGGAGGAUGACCUAAUCUCCAUGGACUCUGUGGCACCCACACUAAGGCAUUGCAGUAAACUCUUUAUUUAUCUCUACAAAGUAGCCACAGAUUCUUUUGACAGGCAUGCAUAUCAUUCUGUUUCAACCCCACCUGUGUACCCUCCCAAAAACAUAGCUGAUGUGAAGCUCCACACAGGACCCACGCUGCUGCAAAGCUCUGAUGCUGUCAUCAUUCACCCUGGAGCUAUGCUCGCCAUGUUGGAUCUUCUAGCCUCAGUUGGAUCAACUGCACAGCCAGAACAUGCAUUGGAUCUUCAGCUUGCAGUGGCCAACAUAUUGCAAUCCCUGGUGCAUACAGAAAGAAACCAGCAAGUAAUGUGUGAAGCUGGACUCCAUGCACGUCUUCUACAGAGAUGUAGUGCAGCUCUUGCUGAUGAGGACCAUUCAUUGCAUCCCCCACUCCAGAGGAUGUUUGAAAGGCUGGCCUCUCAGGCACUGGAGCCAAUGGUGUUGAGGGAAUUUUUACGUUUGGCAAAUCCUUUGAAUUGUGGCGCUUGGGACAAAAAGCUGUUGAAACUGUACCGAGUGCACAAACCCAGCUCAUUAAGCUAUGAACCAGAGAUGAGAAGUAGUAUGGUCACAUCAAUGGAGGGUCUGGGUUCUGACAGCGUGUUCAGCUUGCAUGAAGAUAACCACUACCGCAUAAGCAGGAGCCUGCUAAAGCCAGCAGAAGGAAGCACAGUACCCCUGACGAGGGUGAAGUGUUUGGUCUCCAUGACAACCCCACAUGAUAUCAGACUUCACGGAUCGUCAGUUACUCCAGCAUUUAUUGAAUUUGACACAUCUCUUGAAGGAUUUGGCUGUCUAUUCUUGCCAAGUUUGGCUCCCCACAAUGCACCUACAAAUAAUGCUGUCACAACAGGUCUUGUUGAUGGUGCUGUAGUCAGUGGAAUUGGAACUGGGGAAAGGUUUUUUCCUCCACCAUCUGGUUUAAGCUAUUCAACUUGGUUUUGCAUUGAGCAUUUUAGUACACCUCCUAAUAACCAUCCAGUCAGACUAUUUACUGUUGUGCGACGAGCAAACUCUUCAGAGCAGCACUAUGUAUGCCUUACCAUUAUCCUCUCAGCAAAAGACCGAUCACUAAUUGUUUCAACUAAAGAAGAACUGCUUCAAAACUAUGUUGAUGACUUCAGUGAAGAAUCAUCCUUCUAUGAGAUUCUUCCUUGUUGUGCUCGAUUUCGCUGUGGUGACCUCAUAGUGGAAGGACAGUGGCAUCAUCUUGUUCUGGUGAUGAGUAAAGGCAUGCUGAAAAACAGUACAGCUGCACUUUACAUUGAUGGACUGCUUGUUAAUACUGUGAAGCUUCACUAUGUUCACAGUAGCCCAGGCGGGUCAGGUUCUGCUAAUCCACCAGUAGUCAGCACAGUUUAUGCCUAUACUGGCACACCACCUGCCCAACGCCAGAUCUCCUCCUUGGUUUGGCGUCUGGGACCAACACAUUUCUUAGAGGAAGUCUUGCCUCUUUCAAGUGUUAGCACCAUUUUUGAGCUGGGACCAAAUUAUGUUGGAAGCUUUCAAGCAGUGUACAUCCCAUGUAAAGAUUCUAAAUCGGAAGGAGUCAGCCCAUCUCCAGUAUCUUUGGUACCAGAGGAGAAAGUCUCUUUUGGUUUAUAUGCACUCUCAGUUUCUUCACUUACAGUGGCAAGAAUAAGGAAAGUUUACAACAAAUUGGAUAGUAAAGCUAUUGCCAAACAGCUGGCUGUUUCUUCUCAUGAGAAUGCCACACCAGUGAAGCUACUGCACAACUCAGCAGGACAUCUGAAUGGACCUGCACGCACCAUUGGAGCAGCUCUGAUAGGAUAUUUGGGAGUAAGAACAUUUGUCCCGAAGCCUGUUGCCACUACAUUACAAUACAUUGGUGGAGCUGCUGCUAUUCUGGGUUUGGUAGCCAUGGCAUCAGAUGUAGAAGGACUAUAUGCAGCUGUGAAGGCCUUGGUGUGUGUCGUAAAGAGCAACCCAUUAGCCAGCAAAGAAAUGGAAAGAAUCAAAGGUUAUCAGUUAUUGGCAAUGUUGCUAAAGAAGAAACGCUCCCUUUUGAACAGCCAUAUUCUACAUUUGACCUUUUCCUUGGUGGGAACUGUGGAUAGUGGGCAUGAAACCUCCAUUAUUCCAAAUUCAACUGCCUUCCAGGAUCUGCUAUGUGAUUUUGAAGUCUGGCUUCAUGCACCAUAUGAGCUUCAUCUUUCGUUAUUUGAGCACUUCAUUGAACUUCUCACAGAGUCCAGUGAAGCCUCAAAGAAUGCUAAAUUAAUGAGGGAGUUCCAGCUAAUCCCCAAACUGUUGCUGACUCUUCGAGAUAUGUCUUUGUCCCAGCCCACUAUUGCUGCAAUUAGUAAUGUACUGAGCUUUUUGCUUCAGGGCUUCCCCAGCAGCAGUGACCUGCUCAGGUUUGGACAGGUCAUAUCUUCCACUUUGCCUACAUUUGCAGUCUGUGAGAAGUUUGUAGUCAUGGAGAUAAACAAUGAAGAAAAGCUUGAAACUGGAACAGAGGAUGAUUUUGGAGGCCUUGCUUCUGCUAAUCUUAUUCUUCUGCGGAACAGACUUUUAGAUAUCCUUCUCAAACUUGUAUACACGUCUAAAGAAAAGACAAGUGUUAACUUGCAGGCAUCUGAAGAACUGGUCAGGACCCUGGGUUUUGAUUGGAUUAUGAUGUUUAUGGAAGAACAUCUGCACUCUACCACAGUUACUGCAGCCAUGAGAAUUCUUGUGGUCCUGCUAAGUAAUCAGCCUAUACUCAUCAAGUUUAAAGAAGGCCUCAGCGGUGGAGGCUGGCUUGAUCAGACAGAUUCUGUGUUGACAAAUAAGAUUGGCACUGUGCUAGGGUUCAAUGUUGGCAGGAGUGCUGGCGGCAGAUCAACUGUCAGGGAAAUUAACCGGGAUGCUUGUCAUUUUCCGGGCUUUCCGGUUCUUCAGUCAUUUCUCCCUAAGCAUACUAAUGUACCUGCACUCUAUUUCCUCCUCAUGGCACUUUUCCUGCAGCAGCCAGUCACUGAGCUGCCUGAAAACCUGCAGGUCAGUGCACCUGUCAGCAGCAGCCGAUGUAAUCAGGGUUGCCAGUUUGAUUUAGAUUCUAUCUGGACAUUUAUAUUUGGAGUUCCUGCCUCCAGUGGCACUGUGGUGUCUUCAAUCAACAAUGUUUGCACAGAAGCUGCCUUUUUAUUAUUGGGAAUGCUCAGGAGCAUGCUGAAUUCACCUUGGCAGUCAGAGGAAGAAGGCUCUUGGCUUCGAGAAUAUCCGGUGACCUUGAUGCAGUUCUUUCGAUAUUUGUAUCACAAUGUUCCAGACCUGACUUCAAUGUGGAUGAGUCCAGAGUUCCUGUGUGCAUUGGCAGCAACCGUGUUUCCUUUCAACAUCCGACCUUACUCUGAGAUGGUUACUGAUCUUGAUGAUGAAGUUGGAUCCCCAGCUGAAGAGUUCAGAGCAUUUGCAGCCGACACUGGCAUGAACAGGAGCCAAUCAGAGUACUGCAAUGUGGGCUCCAAGACCUACCUAACCAACCAUCCUGCCAAGAAGUUUGUGUUUGACUUCAUGCGUGUGCUCAUAAUAGAUAACCUCUGCCUCACACCUGCUAGCAAGCAGACUCCACUAAUAGACCUCCUGCUAGAGGCUUCCCCUGAAAGAUCAACAAGGACACAGCAGAAAGAGUUUCAGACUUACAUUUUGGACAGUGUGAUGGACCACUUACUUGCAGCUGAUGUUUUAUUGGGUGAAGAUGCAUCUCUGCCUAUUACAAGUGGUGGUAGUUACCAGGUGCUGGUGAACAAUGUGUUUUAUUUCACACAGCGUGUGGUGGAUAAGCUUUGGCAGGGCAUGUUCAACAAGGAAUCCAAACUUCUUGUAGACUUCAUCAUUCAGCUAAUUGCACAGUCAAAAAGAAGAUCUCAGGGGUUAUCACUGGAUGCUGUUUAUCACUGCCUGAAUAGGACCAUCUUGUAUCAGUUUUCAAGGCCACACAAAACUGUCCCUCAGCAAGUUGCUCUCCUUGAUUCUCUAAGGGUCCUUACGGUGAACAGAAACCUAAUUCUGGGACCCGGGAACCAUGAUCAGGAGUUCAUCUGCUGUCUAGCUCAUUGCCUGAUUAAUCUGCAUAUGGGAAGCGGUGUUGAUGGGUUUGGACUGGAAGCGGAAGCCAGGAUGACCACUUGGCACAUUAUGAUCCCCUCUGACAUAGAACCAGAUGGAGUCUACAAUCAAGAUAUUAGCGAAGGUCGCCAGCUUCUUUUAAAAGCCAUAAACAGAGUAUGGACAGAGCUGAUUCACAGUAAGAAACAAGUUUUAGAAGAGGUAUUCAAAGUCACCCUACCUGUCAAUGACCGUGGCCAUGUGGAUAUAGUUGUAGCAAGGCCUUUUAUUGAAGAAGCAAGUUUAAAAUGCUGGCAAAAUCACUUGGCUCAUGAGAAGAAAUGCAUCAGUAGAGGGGAAUCUUUAGUUCCAACCACACAAUCGAAGCUUUCACGGGUCAGCAGUGGGUUUGGCCUUUCCAAGUUAACUGGAUCAAGAAGAAACCGAAAGGAGAGUGGGCUCAACAAACAUAAUCUCUCUACGCAGGAAAUUUCCCAGUGGAUGUUCACUCACAUUGCAGUGGUUCGGGACUUGGUAGACAUGCAGUACAAAGAGUAUCAAGAGCGUCAGCAGAAUGCAUUAAAAUAUGUGACAGAAGAGUGGUCUCAAAUUGAGUAUGAACUAUUAAGGGAGCGAGGUUUGUGGGGUCCUCCCAUUGGCUCCCAUCUGGAUAAAUGUAUGUUGGAGAUGACAGAGGGACCCUGCAGAAUGAGGAAGAAGAUGGUACGAAAUGACAUGUUUUAUAUUCAGUAUCCUUACAUGCCAGAAACUGAACAAGAGACAAAUCUACUGUCUGACUUCUCAAGUAAACCUCCUGAGACACCUGAUGAUACCAUUCCUCAAAAGAAACCUACUCGUUACCGAAGAGCUAUAAGCUAUGACAGCAAGGAAUACUACAUGCGCCUGGCUUCUGGAAAUGCUGCUGUUUUCCAAGAUACUAUAGAAGAGAGUUCAGAAGGUGAAGCCACUCAGCAGGAGCCAGAACACGGCGAAGACACUAUUGCAAGAGUUAAAGGUCUGGUAAAGCCUCCUCUGAAGAGAUCUCGCUCUGCACCUGAUGGAGGAGAUGAGGAAAACCAGGAGCAACUGCAGGAUCAAAUAGCUGAGGGUAGUUCUAUAGAUGAAGAAGAAAAGACUGAUAAUACAACUUUGCUGCGACUGCUUGAGGAAGGAGAGAAGAUUCAGCACAUGUACCGCUGUGCUCGAGUUCAAGGUCUAGACACCAGUGAGGGACUCCUUCUCUUUGGUAAAGAACACUUCUAUGUGAUCGAUGGGUUUACGAUGACAGCCACCAGGGAAAUACGGGAUAUUGAGACACUGCCUCCAAAUAUGCAUGAGCCAAUUAUACCUAGAGGAGCAAGGCAAGGUCCAAGUCAGCUCAAAAGAACAUGCAGUAUAUUUGCAUAUGAAGAUAUCAAGGAAGUACAUAAAAGGAGAUACCUAUUACAGCCAAUUGCUGUUGAAGUUUUCUCAGGAGAUGGACGGAACUAUCUUCUAGCUUUCCAGAAAGGAGUUAGAAAUAAAGUCUAUCAAAGGUUUUUGGCUGUGGUUCCAUCUUUAACUGACAGUUCAGAGUCUGUGUCUGGACAGAGACCUAACACCAGUGUAGAACAAGGGUCUGGCUUGCUUAGCACUCUAGUGGGAGAGAAAUCUGUGACACAAAGAUGGGAGAGAGGAGAAAUCAGUAAUUUCCAGUACCUGAUGCACUUGAACACUCUGGCUGGCAGAUCCUAUAAUGAUCUCAUGCAGUACCCUGUCUUCCCCUGGAUCCUUGCAGACUAUGAUUCGGCGGAACUGGAUCUUACUAAUCCCAAGACAUUCAGAAACCUGGCCAAACCGAUGGGAGCACAGACAGAGGAAAGAUUAGCACAGUACAAAAAGCGAUACAAAGAUUGGGAAGAUCCUAAUGGGGAAACUCCAGCUUAUCAUUAUGGUACUCACUAUUCAUCUGCCAUGAUAGUGGCCUCGUAUCUUGUCCGAAUGGAGCCCUUUACACAGAUAUUCUUACGGUUACAGGGUGGCCACUUUGACCUGGCUGACAGAAUGUUUCACAGUGUGCGUGAAGCCUGGUAUUCAGCAUCAAAGCACAACAUGGCAGAUGUAAAGGAACUCAUCCCAGAAUUCUUUUACCUCCCGGAGUUUCUGCUCAACUCCAAUAACUUUGAUCUAGGUUGCAAACAGAAUGGUACUAAGCUUGGAGAUGUGAUACUUCCCCCAUGGGCAAAGGGAGAUCCUCGUGAAUUUAUUAGAGUUCAUCGGGAGGCUUUGGAAUGUGAUUUUGUGAGCGCACAUCUGCAUGAAUGGAUUGACUUAAUCUUUGGUUAUAAACAGCAAGGCCCUGCUGCAGUAGAAGCUGUAAAUGUCUUCCAUCAUCUCUUUUAUGAGGGGCAAGUGGAUAUCUACAACAUAAAUGACCCAUUAAAAGAGACAGCUACCAUAGGAUUCAUUAAUAACUUUGGCCAGAUACCCAAACAGCUAUUUAAAAAACCACACCCACCAAAGCGAGUUAGAAGCCGAAUCAAUGGAGAGGCAGUUGGAAUGUCUGUCCCCCCAGGUUUCACAAGUGACAAGAUCUUUUUUCAUCAUUUAGACAACCUGAGGCCUUCCCUUGCACCUGUAAAAGAACUCAAGGAGCCUGUGGGACAGAUAGUUUGCACAGAUAAAGGAAUUCUGGCAGUAGAGCAAAAUAAGGUUCUCAUUCCACCUACCUGGAAUAAAACUUUUGCUUGGGGCUACGCGGACCUCAGCUGUAGACUGGGAACGUAUGAGUCGGACAAGGCAGUGAUUGUUUAUGAAUGUUUGUCAGAAUGGGGACAGAUACUGUGUGCAAUCUGUCCAAACCCCAAACUGGUCAUCACUGGAGGAAUAAGCACGGUGGUUUGUGUGUGGGAGAUGGGCACCUCCAAAGAAAAAGCUAAAACACUCACUCUGAAACAGGCAUUGCUUGGUCAUACUGAUACUGUCACAUGCUCAACAGCAUCACUAGCUUAUCACAUAAUUGUGAGUGGAUCACGUGACCGUACCUGCAUCAUAUGGGAUUUGAACAAAUUAUCAUUUCUAACACAGCUCCGAGGUCACAGGGCUCCAGUUUCAGCACUUUGUAUAAAUGAAUUAACGGGUGAUAUUGUGUCAUGUGCUGGCACUUACAUCCACGUGUGGAGUAUUAAUGGAAACCCUGUUGUGAGCGUGAACACUUUCACUGGGCGGAGCCAGCAAAUCCUAUGCUGCUGCGUGUCUGAGAUGAACGAGUGGGAUACACAGAACGUCAUAGUGACAGGACAUUCAGACGGAGUGGUCCGAUUCUGGCGGAUGGAAUUUUUGCAAGUACCUGAAACACCAGCUCCGGAGCCUGUGGAGAUCCUGGAAAUGCAAGAGGAUUGUCCAGAAGCACAAAUAGGGCAGGAAGCCCAGGAUGAGGACAGCAGUGACUCUGAAGCAGAUGAUCAGUGUAUCAGUCAGGACACUAAACCACGGGAGAGCCAGAGUCAACCAAACAGCACCAGCCACAGGCCUGUACCAUCAUCAUCCAGGGCGACAGCAGCAUGGUCAGCAGACAGUGGCUCCGAUGACUCUAGACGUUGGUCAGACCAGCUCAGCUUGGAUGAGAAAGAUGGCUUUAUCUUUGUGAACUAUUCUGAGGGGCAAACUAAAGUGCAUCCCCAUGCUCAGGUUAACCACCCAAACCCAAACCAUGUAGAAGUACGGCACUACAGCAAACUUAAACCAGGAUACAGAUGGGAGCGUCAGUUAGUAUUUAGAAGCAAACUAACUAUGCACACAGCAUUUGAUCGCAAAGACAACGCACAUCCAGCAGAGAUCACAGCACUAGGCAUCUCAAAGGACCAUAGCAGGAUUCUAGUGGGCGAUGGUCGAGGAAGAGUGUUCAGCUGGUCUGUGAGUGACCAACCUGGCCGGUCUGCAGCUGACCAUUGGGUGAAAGAUGAGGGAGGAGACAGCUGUUCGGGCUGUUCAGUCCGAUUUUCUCUCACGGAAAGACGUCACCAUUGCAGAAACUGUGGACAACUCUUCUGUCAGAAGUGCAGUCGAUUUCAAUCUGAAAUCAAGCGUUUGAAAAUCUCAUCACCAGUGAGAGUCUGUCAGACCUGUUACUACAACCUGCAACAUGAGAGGGGUUUUGAGGAGGGGCCUAGAAAUUAAUGAGGCUUUGACACAAACUAAAGACCAAGCUCUGCAGGAUCCCAAUUCAGCCCCACAGUAACUCACUGAAUUAAUUACAGAAUCGUGCAGUGAAUUUCGAAGGGAUUAGAAUAUUGUCCGUUUACACUUAUCUUUGUACUGUGUUAAGUACUGAAAGAAAAAGGGAUCAUUGAUUUCAUUUAUGUUGAUUGAAAUUAUAAAGCUAACAAAUAAAUAUUCAAAUGGGCAGCAAGCACCAGAAAGACAGGAUUGGUAGUCACACAUACAGUAAAACUUUCAGUACCCAAAUCUCCCUAUUUACAUGGCUAUCAAGAGAAAAAUCCUCAUUUACUAACCAUCUGUUCUUGUGGAGGUAGACAUCCUUAUUUGGGGGUGGGGAGAGGCUUUUUAGAAGAUAGUUGUAAAUCUGCCUUCUUCACAAGCAACUGUGUAUAAUGUAAAUAGGUAUAAUGGCCUUUUUAUCUAAAUAUGAACUUAACUGCCUGUUACAUGGGACUUCAGCCUAACCACUAUACUUUGUGUGGCAUCUUUAUUCAUCUAUCAACUUAAAUAUGAAUGUUUAAAAAAACUCAAAUGGCAUUAUUUGUAUUUUUGUUUAAAAUUCAGUCUCUGCAUGUUUGUUCUUUCAGUUGUCCACAAUAUCCUAAUUUAAACAAGGCUAUUCGUAGAAAUGACAUGGAUUUUUUUUUUUUUUAAAGGAAAACUUUUUGGGGGAAUAGGACUUGCAAUAUUUUAUUCCAAUUGUAAAAUAACUAGGAACUAAGUUAUACACUCUGUAGUUGCAUUUUAUACCUAUCUAUUUACCACCUCAUUGUUCAUAUUUAAUAAGGCCUCUUUUAUACAUACAUUACAGCUGCUGUUUUGUUCAGUACUUAUUAUAGUUAAGCAGCUGAAUUAUGCAAUGCAAGAACCAGCUUUUACCUUCUUAAAUAGAAAUUGGCUUGCAUGUAACUCAAAAUUAACUUCUCUUGCAUAAAAUUUAGUCUCUCUU